AUGGCAGUGCCUUUGGAACAAGUUUCAGUUGGCUUCGAAGAGGCUAUCCUGGCUCGGGAUUUUGAUGCCGAGUCUACCUUGACAUGCCCGGCUUUCAGCCCCGGUCAGUGGGAAGAUCUUCGAAGCCAUCUCGACUACUUCUUUGGUGGACAGGGAGUUGGAUACCUGGCCAGUAUCCUUUUCCCUGCGGCAUUACCUGAGCUUGUGGCAACCUCUCCAAUGGACACCGCCACCUUCCAUGAUGAUGGUGAGGACCCUAUGGAGUGGGUUUUUGAGACUCCGGCUCCCGAAGAUAGUCCAUCUCUCCUGAUACUGAGCAGCCCCCGCAAUGAUCCUGAUCCAGACAUGGACUGGUGCGGUGAAGAGGUUCCCUCGGAUACAGACAGUGAGUGGGAUGAGGCUUCGGGUACGCUCGUUGCAGACUCUUCUCUCCAUGUACCGACUAGAAAAAUGUCUUUGGACAGUUCUGUCGAUGUACCCUCCUCCCCUCCACGCCCUGCGACUCCACCAUGUCUGGUGACCGCCCAAGUCUUCGACGAAGGAUUCAGCCUGGGUACUGAAGCCACCUUCGACUACGCAGCGGUUGCUCGGCUGCUACAGCUUUGCGACGCCGCCCAGACAAUCCAACAGGCAUCGCACCGACCUCCCUCCCCUCCUGUGGACCGGGAGUCCUCAGAGGAGCUGUAG